AGAAGAGAGAGAAGGCUCAUUUUAACGCGGCUAACGAACGAAGACAUCAAAAAUUGUAUUUGGCAGUUUACCCCGAUAUAAGCGGAUACUUGUCUGUAUUUAUAUGUUUUUUUUCACGGAGGCACGUGAAAGAAGGUUGUGAAAAAGUACUCAUGCGUAUUAAAUAUUGGAAACCGGAUCAAGCGUGAACUAGUGUUGUCGGAGAGAUCAGGUAACCGAGCAGAGGAUGAACUGCUAUCUCUUCUUUUGUGCUGUAAUUGCGUUCCAAACCGCUGCCAUCGCUACACAGAGCUUAGAAACUCGCGGACAAGGCAUAACGUUGCGACACAAGCGGGCUUCAGCAAGCAAAAACAACACUUGUACUGAAGAGGAACUGAAGAAACCCACCGGCGCCAUUUUAAAAAAGCGAAAGCAAAGUAUCGAGAACGAUUCCUCGACUUUCCUUCCAGGUGAAGAGGCUGUUUUCGUAUGCAAAGAUGGAUAUCGACUGCAGAAUGGUCAACUGAAAUCAUACACCUGUAAAGCAGACGGAAACUGGACUUUAAACGCUAAGAACAAGUCAGAGGAUGGCUUUUGUCAGAAGGAUCCCUGUGGUGCAAGGGUCAUAGACGUCACUGGAAGAGCCACAGGAGUCCUAACUAGCGAUAUAUUCCAGCAAAGUCAAUCUGACGCGAUUGUGAAUUGUAGUUGGACACUUAAAACGCAAGAUCCGGGCUUUUACAUCAAGUUGCUUUUUGAAAACUUCACCUUACCCGAGGACUGUACUCAAGAUUUUGUGACAUUGGAAAAAGUACGAUUUUGGGAUUUCAAAAAUGAGAAUUGCCCCUGCGAGGAGAGUAAAUCUGUUUGUAGGUUUAGUGGCAAGCACGCCCCAUCCCUCUCUCGGUCCGUCACAAAUGAAACAACGGUGAACUUCUACUCGUCAAACCCAGCUAAGUCCUACUUCAAAGCGAUAUGGUUUAACGUGAAUGGUUUGUUUCCGGAAGGAAUUGUUCCCGCUCCAGACCCCACUGAGAGUCCUGAAAUCGUGAAUUCCAAGCUCGAACUGACAACAGCACCUGAGUCGAAUACGUCCUUCACAGUUGCCCUCAUCCUGUUUACACUCAUAUUUUUCAUUAUCGGCGUCGUGUUGGCGUGUAAAGUUGGCCAGCGGUAUCUGGGGCCCUCAUGCAGCUUUGGUGCCUUUUUUGCUUGGAUCUCAAGUUUACGCACUUCCCAGGCCCCAUUAUCGACGCAACGCGGUGCAACGUCCUCAGAAGAAAGAGGCUUAAUGACAGACACUGACAGUCCCCUCGUAACGGAGCGGGUUGUCAUACGGGGAUUACAGCAUUCUCCGUCAACAGAGGAUGAAUCGAGUGCAUCUUCUCGUGAAAGCUUACAGAAUGUUGUCUGAUGGAGUGAAUUCGAGUUGCGCCGGAAACUUCAAGUUAUCUGUAAUUAGAACCAAGCUAGCAAAAUUUCGAGGGUCCGGAGCCUUUUUUCAAUCGGAAGUCGUGUCGUAAAGAAGAAUAAGUUUAUAUGAAACUGCGAGAAGUUGAAAUCUGAAAGCAAAACUCAGAUUUGUAGAAUGGCGCCAAGCGCAGUUAAAUGUUUUGCUUCUAGGUCUGAUUUUUCACCUUCGGCCGAGUAUUAGUUAAAAAAGCCUCACAUAAAUCUGCUUACAACCUUUUCUUAAGAAUCUCUGUGCGAGACAUCAAUAAACAACGCAAAUUCA